AAGGCGGCAGUGAUGGCGGCGGCGGGAACAGGACCCGGACCAGGAGUGAGCGCAGGACCCGGCCCGGCAGCUGCUGCAAAUGCAACACCGGCAGAAGAAGGGGAGACGAAGCCGGUAGUAGCGGUAGCAGCCGCUCCGGCCGGAGAGGGGACGUCUGCUGCUCCAGUCGCGGAGCCCGGCUCUGGAGAGGCCGAAAGCGGGGAUGCAAACUCGGUUGAUGUAAGCGGUUGCUUGGAGACAGAAUCCUCGAAUGGAAAGGAUACACUAGAAGGUGCUGGGGAUACUUCAGAAGUGAUGGAUACUCAGGCGGGCUCCGUGGACGAAGAGAAUGGUCGCCAGUUAGGGGAGGUGGAGCUGCAGUGUGGAAUAUGUACCAAGUGGUUCACAGCAGACACCUUUGGCAUUGAUACCUCAUCCUGUCUACCUUUCAUGACCAACUACAGCUUCCACUGCAAUGUGUGCCAUCACAGUGGGAAUACCUAUUUUCUCCGGAAGCAAGCAAACUUGAAAGAAAUGUGCCUUAGUGCUUUGGCCAACCUAACCUGGCAGUCCCGAACACAGGAUGAACAUCCGAAAACCAUGUUCUCCAAAGAUAAGGAUAUCAUACCAUUUAUUGAUAAAUACUGGGAGUGCAUGACAACCAGACAGAGACCUGGGAAGAUGACAUGGCCAAAUAACAUCGUUAAAACAAUGAGUAAGGAAAGAGAUGUAUUCUUAGUGAAGGAACACCCUGACCCCGGGAGUAAGGACCCAGAAGAAGACUACCCCAAGUUUGGCCUUCUGGAUCAGGAUCUUAGUAACAUUGGUCCUGCUUAUGACAACCAAAAACAAAGCAGUGCCGUGUCUACCAGUGGGAAUCUAAAUGGAGGAAUUGCAGCGGGAAGCAGUGGAAAAGGAAGAGGAGCUAAGCGCAAACAGCAGGAUGGUGGGACCACAGGGACCACCAAGAAGGCCCGGAGUGACCCUUUGUUUUCUGCUCAGCGCCUUCCCCCUCAUGGCUACCCCUUGGAACACCCGUUUAACAAAGAUGGCUAUAGGUAUAUUCUAGCUGAGCCCGAUCCCCACGCCCCUGACCCUGAGAAGCUUGAACUCGACUGCUGGGCAGGAAAACCGAUUCCUGGAGACCUCUACAGAGCCUGCUUGUACGAACGGGUUUUGUUAGCCCUACAUGAUCGAGCUCCCCAGUUAAAGAUCUCCGAUGACCGGCUGACUGUGGUCGGGGAGAAGGGCUACUCUAUGGUCCGGGCUUCUCAUGGGGUUCGGAAAGGUGCCUGGUACUUUGAAAUCACGGUGGAUGAGAUGCCUCCGGACACCGCCGCCAGACUGGGCUGGUCCCAGCCGCUAGGUAACCUUCAAGCUCCCUUAGGUUAUGAUAAAUUUAGCUAUUCUUGGCGGAGCAAAAAGGGAACCAAAUUCCACCAGUCCAUUGGCAAACACUACUCUUCUGGCUAUGGACAGGGAGACGUCCUGGGAUUUUAUAUCAGUCUUCCCGAAGACACGGAGACAGCCAAGUCCCUGCCCGAUACCUAUAAAGAUAAGGCUUUGAUAAAGUUCAAGAGUUAUUUGUAUUUUGAAGAAAAAGACUUUGUGGAUAAAGCAGAGAAGAGCCUAAAGCAGACUCCCCAUAGCGAGAUAAUUUUUUAUAAAAAUGGUGUCAAUCAAGGUGUGGCUUACAAAGAUAUUUUUGAGGGGGUUUACUUCCCAGCCAUCUCGCUGUACAAGAGCUGCACGGUCUCCAUUAACUUUGGACCAUGCUUCAAGUACCCGCCAAAGGAUCUCACGUACCGCCCCAUGAGUGACAUGGGCUGGGGCGCCGUGGUGGAGCACACUCUGGCUGACGUCUUGUAUCACGUGGAAACAGAAGUGGAUGGGAGGCGGAGCCCCCCGUGGGAACCCUGACCAAGUCCCUUUUUCUUUGCAGACACGGACUUUCUGGGGAAUAAUACGAGGGGUUUUGUUUUUGUUUUUAAACUGUGGCAAAUGUUUCCCUGAAGACACUGCAGAACACGGCUUCUGCUGCAGCAAAUUAAAGGCCAGGUGGGACUGGGAGAGACUCCCUGCCCCUCAGCGCUCUCCCCGUGCCCCGGCAUCCCCUCUCUGUGCCAUACCCUGCAGCUGCUGACCCUGGGGCCCAUAAGUGCCCGGGAAGCUGGGGCCGUACCCCGUACCCCACCAGCUGAGACUUGUUGCUUGCUGUGUUUUCUAAGGAAUGGGUGACCUUGUCCAAGUAGCUAAGGUAUUUAAAGACAUUUCCUUCUGUGGGCAUUGCCUCCAUCCCUCCUGAUUCCCAAGGAAGUGCUGGGCCUGAUUCUAAGAACAGCUGAAAUCCAUGGCUGUACAUUCCAGACCAGUUUAAAAGCUCUUUCCUUUUGGUGUGGGUAUGUUUUUAUUAUUAAUUUUGAGAUAUACUUUUGAACACUGGGAUCUCUGAAACUACUAGGUCUGUAGAACUGUCAUUGUGAAAGGAACCUGCUUGCAGCUUUAACAAUUAGAAACUCUUCCCAAAUAAAACUUGUCUUCGAGUGUGUGUGGCACUUUGCUUCCCUUUCAGGUUGGGGUCCAAGUGGUGACCGUGUCAGAAAGUUGGGCAUUCUGAGGAAGGGGAGCCAGCCUUGGAGGAAAGAGACAGGUUUCUCUCUCCCCCCAUCCCCUGUCGCGUCGUUCCCUCCAACCACCCCCUCUGUCCUGUGAAACUGGACUCUCAAGAAGGAAACCCAGCAGAAUCAGGCUGAGGUCUAUUCAUUCGUGGCUGGUCUUCUAGAGCAGACUUGGUUAUAAAGCUUCUGGAUCAUCAGAGUUUGAAGAACUCUAAGUAAAUGAGGGUGGUGUUAUUUAGAGGAAGCUGGAGGACCUGCCAGGCCACAGGGAACCAGAGUCACUACUCAGCCAGGUGGGCGGUGCUGAGGCACCACCCCAGCUCGUAGCUGCCUUCCGACAUCUGCAGUCACCCUUCCGACUGGGCCACCUCACCUUGAUCUCCUUGACAUUCGGGUUCCACUCGCCCAUGGUCUCCAUGCGCUCCACGAGCUCUUCGUAAAGCCUCUCCAUGGGCUGGUCCACCACCACCUCUAGCCGGAACACCUUGCCGACGUCUGGGAUCACUUUACUCAGCACUUCGUCCCCGUUCGCCUGUCGGCGGGAGAGAGGAGCCCCACGGGAAAGGUGGACAGCUUUGCUGACUGCAAAGGAGCACAGAGCUGACUUCUCUCCUUCACCAGAACUCUCUGAGGAUUUGGAAAUCUUGGCAGCAGCAAGGGCCUUUUAUGCCCAACCACCUCCUCAGCAAGUCCAGAUGCAUCUGGAAAAUGGAAACUUUUAGGUUCCCAGCAGCCUUAUCAGGUGAAUAAGGAAGGUCAACUCCUGGCAGGUGCAAGAAUGCCAAGGUCAGCCUUGAAGUUGGUUUUAAGCCCGAUUCACCUGGCAAGAAUGUUGGGUGUCGAGAGAAUCACAUUAGAUUUGGCCCUGGUCCUGGGCCUGCCCCCUGGGUGAGAGAGUUCUGUGUCCUGUUACCACUGCCUGGAGAUGGAGGGAAGGCCCCCGCCAGCUCUGCUGUUCUCUUCGCUCCAGAAAGGACGAAAGGGACGGGACCUGCCCGGAGCCAGGCCAGGGGCCUGGUGUCCAUACGGAACAGCCCUCACACAGUCACCAGAGGGAGAGGCCUUGGCGUCUUGUUUGUCUCUAGCCUGAGCCCGCAGCAUGGAAGGAGGUCAGAGGGCCCACGGGGAAGGCAGCAGGCCAGGCGCCCCAGGCUUCGCCUCUAUCUGGGCACACGUGCAUCUCGGGGGGAGGGAAGGGGUUACUGUAGGACAGCCCAUGCAGAUAACGUUCAAGGCCCUGCCGUUGCCGUCCUGGGGAGAGUUAUAGCCCUCGUGAUGGGAGGAGGAGGUGUGGGGAGACUGCAGGAUCAGGGCACAGGCUCCUGCUGAUGUCAGAGCCCGCCGUUGACUCUGGAGCGGGGUAGGGGGUGCUGGUGACUUCCGCGGGGCCAAGGCUCUCUUCCUCAGCCUUUGCAGGCCGCGCGCCUGGUUAACUCUCACAGUCCCUCUGAGCAGUAAGAUGGGCGGAGAGGUCUGGGAAUUCCCGCUGGUUCUGGAAGUCUUCUGUAUCUGGCUUUGCUUUUGGGUGAGGGCAGAGCCCCCAAGGGCGGAGACCAGAGGGCACCGCAGGCAGGGAGGGAAGAGGGGCGGCCCAGGCCAUGCAGAGUGCCGGACAGGAAGGCCCAGGUCUGGGGAGGGAGCACGCCACUCCCUCAGCACUCUUUUACUGAGUGUCCACUGUGUGGCUCUGCAGUUACGAGGGCAAAUGAACCGUAUGACCCUGAAUGGGCAGAUGAGGAGGUUUGAAAGUACAGAGGAGGGAACACCUAAUUACACAGGGGGAGGGAGGGAAGUCACCUUUGAGCUGAGUGUGGAGAGUCAGGUUAGGAAGGAGUCAGCCAGGUGUGAGAGGGGCUGGGGGGCAGGUGGAGCGUGGAGUGGGGUUUGCGGGUUGCUCAGCUGUCAUAUGUUUGUAGGGUGUGGCGGGAAAUCAGGGCUGGAGAGAGGCAGGCAGAGGUCAGAGCGAGCCCGGUGGGCACUGGAAGAUUCCUCUAUAGGUUCCCAGAGGCAGAGGCUGAGAAUUGAGGAGGGGGACCUUGAGCUGAUCUGGCCUGGCCCGAGGAGGUGAGCGCUGGGUUGAAGCAACCUUUGACCUCGGGCGUGUGGGGAAGCUGUGGCCACGUGGAGAGCAGAAAGCACAGCUGUCGUGUGCAGACAGACUUCCCAUCCCUCUCCCGCUGCUUCCUUGAUGACUGAGAGCCCUCACUUCUUCAAUCUGAACUUCCUCAUCUGUAAAAUAGGGGUAUGUUUUCUUUUACUUUGUGGCAAAAGGGAGGUUAUAAGGCUUAUAUCAGGUAACAAUACAUCAAAAGCCCGGAAGACAGAGCCCUGACUUCUCAGCCAGUGUCUGGGCCCUCCUGACACUCCCCCCAGCUUCUCCUCUUGCACAGCUCAGUGUGCUCCCCAGGUGCCCCUCCAGCGUUACCCCCUAAAAGACUUCCCUUUGGGCACCCCCUCACCCUACUCUUUAGUUACAAUUCAAUACUUUUGGGCCCCCCGAUAAACAUUUAUCACAGUAUCGAUAAGACUGUCACCCAUUCCCCACACACAACCUUUUUUUAAAGACGUUUUUUAAAGCAGUUUUAGAUUCACAGAGAAACUGAGAGGAAGGAACAGAGACUUCUCAUAGACCUUCUACCCCCACACCUGUAGAUCCCGCCCCCUUUCUGUGUCUGUAAGCUCCGUAAGGACCUGUAAAUGUCAUAAGGACUUGGAUCCUUUCCAAAAAUUUGAAUCCCCAGGACUUAGUACAGUGCUAGAUAAUUAAUAGAUACUGAAUUAAAGUUUAGUACAUGAUGCUAAACAUGGAGCAUCAUUUGUGAUGGAAGCGUGGAGCCUGGCACUUUGUAGAUUCUCAGUAAAUAUUGAUUUUCUUCCAGCUCUUCCAUCCUGCUUGUAGGGUACAUGCUCAUUUAAUGUCUAAAGAAUGGAGUGUUUUCCCCAAAAGGGGCCACUGUGAGAGGCAGCCAAAAGUUAAGGCAAGUUUAACUCGCUGGGCUUGAGGUCAUUAUGGAUAACCUCCCUUUAGAGACAUUUUAUCUGAUCUAGCAGUUAAUUCCUCAAUCUGAGUUGGUUGCCAUUAUGUUAUCUUUUUUUUUUUGCCUGUGCCACGUGGCAUGCGGAACUUCCCCAACCCGGGAUUGAAGCGUGGAGUCUUAACCACUGGACCGCCAGGGAAGUCCUGUUACCAUUCUUAUCUGUACAAAGAAGACUACGUGUAAGCUCCCUGAGGGUAUGGAAUCCGUCCCACAAGUCUGGGGUCUCAGCGGAUUACUGUAGCUGACGUGGAGCACUCCUGUUCUGAGCUCUUUGCACGUGUUCACUCAGUCCUUACAACAGCCACCCAGAGAGUCGGUGCUGUUAGGAUCCCUGUGUUAUAGACAAGGAUCUGGGAGAUGCCGCUGAGUCAAGUUCGGAGAGCUCUGAAGUAAAGAAACCAGGAUGUAGAACCUGUGCUCUUCACCUUUUUUUAAAAAAAUUGAAGUAUAGUUAAUUUACAGUGCUGUGUUAAUUUCUGCUGUACAGCAAAGUGAUUCCGUUAUAUAUAUCCUUUUUCAUGUUCUUUUCCAUUAUGAUUUAUCCCAGGAUAUUGAAUAUAGUUCCCUGUGCUCUACAGUAGGACCUUGUCAUUUAACCAUCCUAUGUAUAAUAGUUUGCAUCUGUUAAUCCCAAGCUCCCCAGCUAUCCUCCCCCCACUCUACCUCCCCCUUGGCAACCACAAGUCUGUCCUCUGUGUCUGUAAGUCCGUUUCUUUUUCAUAGAUCCAUUCAUUUGUGUCAUAUUUUGGAUUCUACAUGUAAGGGAUAUUAUAUAGUAUUUGUCUUUCUUUGCAUUACUUCAGUUAGUAUGAUCAUCUCUAGGUCCAUCCAUGUAGCUGCAAGUGGCAUUACUUCGUUCUUUUUUAUGCCUGUGUGCUCGUCACGUUUUAAAAUCUCCUGUUCCUCUCUGAAAAGCAGGGCAGUAUUUGCCUGUCAUGCCUGACAAAUCUCAGGGUGAUGACCAGCAUGCUCAACUACCCCCUUACUCUGGUUCCCUUGUUCUUGUCCACCUGUUGCCAGCAGGUGAGUCAGGGAUGUUGGCAGGGGCCACAGUUAAAGCUCUCUGUGUUCUGUAAUAGCCUAAACCAGAAGAGCAAACUGAAGGCAGGUGGGCUGAGUUUAAUCUUCCAGAUAUUUUAUUUGACCUGAGCACUGUUUUUAGAAAAAUUUGAAUUAGCUGCCAACACAAACUAUAGGGACAGAAAACAGCUUGGUGGUUUCCAGGGGCUGGGGAAGGAGGGAGAAGUUAAAUUCGAAGGGUCAGGAGUGAUGGUUAUAUAACUAUAUGCAGUUGUUAAAACUCAUAGGAGUGUACACUAAAAAGAGUGAAUUUUACUAUAUGCAAACUUAUUUGUCAAUAAAAUUUGGUCUUAGAGAUGAAUUCCCAGGCAGUCUGGGUUUCUGACCUUGGAUACAGCCAGCACUGGGCCCUCCCUGUUCCUUGUGGUUCUAGCUGCUGGCCGACUGGUGCCCUGACCCCACUCAGUGCUCUGUGUUUCCAGAGCAGCAGCACUCGAGACCAUUUUCUACCCCUGGGUCUUGCAGCAACCUCUGCUGAGUGUCUGAAGUUAGGGAAAAAAAAAAUUUUUUUUUAAAGGAGAAGAGAUACAAAAUAGGAGGCUGCGAAGGGGGGAAAGGAAAGGCAAAGCAGUGAAGUAAGACAGGAGAAAAGAAAAGGACUUGAUUUUAUUUUCUGCUCCCAAGAGGCCCUGGCACAGCUGGAGCAGUGACAGGUAGGGCAGUGCUGACCAGGGUGGACAGACCCAGAGCUUUGGGAUAGGUGAGCGGCAGGUAUGCGCUAUCUUCUGGGGUGGGUUUCCUAAGUCUUUCAGGCCAGAAGGUCUUGGGUCACUUAAGUAGAUACAAAACCCGCUUCACUGGUAAAAGCAAGCACCCAUGAAGCAGUCUCUUGCUUUCCUUAUCCCCAAUGGGGCAAUGUGCAAGGUGGCGGGUGGGGCACUGCACUUGGGAGGAAAACAGACUGAAGAGUAUCUGUUGCUUCCGGCAACCCUGACAAGCCCUCCCCGACCCCCACUCCCAGCCCUGUUUCCCUGGGAUGCUCUUCCAGACAUUUUUAUACCAGUCAUCUUUAUACCAGUCAUCUCUAGAUUCUUCACACCUGGAGGGCUGUGGUCUCCAGUGAAGGCAGUAAGAGAACAUCUCCACAUUCAGGGUAAGGAUCUCUGCUAAUCACUCCACUCCUGGUCGCUUGGUGGGCCCUGCUGUCCUUAUGCUUUGAGGCCUUAGUGGUCUCUGAAGCAUCUUAUCUGACCAGUCUGAAUUCAGUGUACCCCCCAUCCAUCCAUCCGUCCAUCCACCCAUCCUUCAACCCCACAGAUAUGUAUUGAGACUUGAUAUAUGCCCAGCAUCAUUCUUGAUGUGGGACUACAGGAGUGAACUUGACAAAAAUCCUGUCCUUAAGGGUUUACAUCCUAGUGGGGAAGUGGAGCAGACAGUAAAGAAGUGAAAUUUACGUGGGAUUGCGAUACUUGCUCUGGUGAAAAAACUGCAAAGGAUAUAGGUGGGGCGGGUGUGUGUGUGUGAUAUUUAAAACAGGUUAUCAGGGAAGGGUUCUUGCAGUUAUCCGGGCCAAGUAUGUCCUAAGUGGAGAGAACAGGAAGUUCCGGCUUCGUCCAGGGCCUGUUGCACCUGCUUUGCCUGCUGACCUGCUCCAUCUGCUCUCUGUACCUCACUCUACCUGACCUGCCACCCAUACUCCUGUGAGCAAAACUGAGGUCACUUUCCAGCCAUCAUGUCUGUGUAAUACCCCUGGUGUUCAUGCUGACAUGGUGUCCCUGAGAAGCCCUCCACAACGGACUUUGCUGAGUAUCCGAGGCUUGUUGGGAGUUUAACCAAGUGGGGGAGGAGAGCAGAUACUGUGGCUUAAAUUCAGCUGACAGCAUGCGAUGUAAGGUCACAGGCCAAGGAAAGGGGAAAAGAACAGCUGGGAGAGAGAGAGAGAUAGGCUGCUGUACCCAGUUGCAUCAGAAUAAAGAUGGCCAGAAAGGGGCUGCAGUAAAUCUUCCUUGUUUGUUUUCCUUGAAAGUGGUCUCAUGGGAACCCCUACUGGCAGAAACUAUUAAACAGAGUUAUGAACAGACAUUGAUUCUGAAGUCUUAUAAUAGUAGAAGAGUACCAGCAGUGGUCCAGGAAAAAAAGCACCAGAUUUCAGUAUCUGCAAAAAGCCUGGACUGGGCAGAGCUGAGGGCAAGCGGCUGCACUGAGCAGCAAGGAGACGAACGAGGGAAGCAGGGAGACUCAUUCCAUCCUUUAGCUCUCUUUGCUGCUGCCUGUGUGACAAAGGUCUAAAGGCAGGAAUCCAUUGUUAUGCACAAUGACUGGAACCCUAGAGCUGCGGCUUGGAAACCUCUGACCUACUCUGGAAAUUGUCUCUCGUCUUCUUUGACCAUAAGGAUAAAUCACAACUCUUGUGAUUGCAUUUGGAAUUCUAUUUGAAGGAGGUUGAAAAGACGACUGCAGUGAAUCUGAAUCUCUUGAAGGUGUCGGAUAUUCUGGAACCACGGUGCUCAGAAAAACAAAUGCUGUAAUUCUGCUCUCAAAGAAAAUCUUCCUGCAGUGAAAGCUAGCCACCUCUUCCACACGUUGAUGAUAGGCCUUUCCCCUUCACAUGGGAAGUGAGUAACAAAUUCUGGCUAUUCAACAAUAAGGUUAGAGAUGAAACACACUAGAUAAAUCCUUAAGUGCAACUGUUCUUCACGAAUUAUCUACCUCAAAACCAACCCGAUGAUGAAUAGCUCAGAAGUCAAAUGAUUUAUCUGCAUUUGGGGCAGUUUUAUUUAUUUUUUUUACAUUUACUUGCCUGCACUGGGUCUUCCUUGCGGCAUGCAGGAUCUUUUAGUUGCAGCAUGUGGGCUCUUAGUUUGCGGCACGCAGGAUCUAGUGCCCUGACCAGGGAUAGAACCCGGGUCCCCUGCACUGGGGGUGCAGUCUUAACCACUUCCCUGGACCCUGGGGCAGUUUUAAAAACACCUGAGCUCGUGAAGUAUAUUUAAUACUGUAAAAUAACUCAGACAUAGGUAUUGGAUAUAACUAUCUUCUCUGCAAAGAAUGUCUCUGCUCAACAGACUGUAAGUACCUGGAAUAAUUUUAGAGUUAAAACUGAGAAUCAGGGAAGAUAAGUAACUUGCUUGAACCCAAGGUGCUAGAACAGAGUCCAGGUUUUAAUCCGUGUCUCCCAACUCUGAUCUCAGUACACUGUCCAUUACCUGACCCUGCGCCCUCGGAAAGUGCAGCCUCUUACACUUGCUGUGUGAUCAACGUCAUUCCAGAAAAGUGGCAUCACCGGGCUGGCCGAGAAUAACCUAGGUGUAUCGGUCACUGAAACACCGUUUUAUCUGUGCUGCUUUUUGAAAAUAGCAUGAGGCUCAAGACUCAUCUGAAAGACUAGAAAACCUAACGAAAUGCACAGAAUAUUUAGAGAAUUCAUCACGUGGGUCUCAUGGGAACGCAGCUGGGAUAGUUGUUGGUGAAGCAGAAACAGCAGGAGCAGCUGCGAUGCUGCUUCUCAAACACCAGCUCCCAUUAUCAUCAGUAACUGCAAAACUUCAUGCAAAGAGCCCUCCUCAAGCCUGAAAACUUGCUUUUCUUCUCAGAGGAAAACAUGACAAGGGGAGAAAGGAGGAACCACAGGCUAUCUGGUAUGAAAAUACUCCUUCGUAAGUAACUAACAAGUUGGAACUGUGACAGAGGGAAAUCCCAGCGUGUGUGUAUGGGCUGCUUAUACCUUUGAGAGCAGAAAUGUAGUGAUGACUAUUCACUGAAGGCAGCUCAGACUUGGAAACUGACAUCGCAAUUUUGAGGCUCAUAUUUUAUUUACAAGUAAAUGAAAAAUGUCCCCUGUAACUGCUAAUCUGGGGUGAGAAGAGCAAUAUAAAGUAGCUGCUGGCUCCACAGUGACGUGUGAAGGCAGUCCAUGCCACUGUCUCUUUAAAUGAUGAUUUCGUUAUUUAAGAAAACAAAACAAAACACACGAUUUCUUCAUGUUGCAUGUGUGAAAGGAUUCAAAAUAACAAUGACUUUCAAAGCUCUACAGUCUCGCGUCAAAUGAGUGAGGCGACCGGGCUGUUACUAAACUCAGUGACAGCCUCUGCUCCCCAAGAGCAACAGCCUCUGAGCAGAAGACCUAAUACUCAUCAAGAGUAUCCGCUCGAGGGAUAGACAGGCCUCGAUCCUUCAGGGCCUGGACUUUCAGCUUCUCAGCUUCCAGCUUGGUCUGCUGUUCCACCCUCUGUUCUUCCAGGAUUUCUUCAAUAGACACUUGCUGGAGGGGUGUGUCACUCUCCUUUUCUAAGUCCUACAAAACAAGCAGGUUUGGAAAGCUUCACCUCAUGACCAAGAAUAGAAAACACCACAGAUCUAAAGACAAACGGAUUCCUCUAUCAGGCUUGUGUUAUUUUUUGUGCUUGUGAUAGGCCUGAAAUAGCCUACGGACAGAGAAAUUUUACAAAGAAAUGGCUGGCAAUGUUCCUAUAGAGCACAUAGGAGUGUGAUUUAACAGGGUUCAGUGUCAGCGUGGAUAACAGCUUCAGUCCAGCCAAAGUCAAGUCCUACAUCAGUCAAGUACUACUUCUCUUAAAAAAAAGAAAAAAAAAAAAAGAUUACGGAUGCUUACAAAAAGCUAUUUCCCCAACUCUAGGGAAUCCAAGAGAGAAGUUACAGAGGUCAAGAUGGCUUAAAAUAAAUUUUGUAUUUAUACAU